AUGGAAAGCCGGAUUGAGCGCAUGGAGUCGAUCUUGGCCGCGUCAGGCCUCGCAAGUGAGGCUGUAACUCCUGCCACUACUGGUACAUCAACUGAUCUGGAUGAUCAACUUUCAAUGCUACUACUUCAUGAUGAGGGUUCCUCUACUUUUAUUGGCUCAGCUUCGAGUCUCUCUCUUUUCUCUCCUGCUGGAUUACAGUGGAUAUCCAGUAGGACCAAUUCCUCGGACCUAUCGGAUCUCAUCCUGAGGCGAAUACAAGCAUGCCCUCCUUUUCAUGAAUCAUUCCGCAUAUGGCAGGGUCUAGACUAUCGAGGACAAGUGUCACUUCCGCCUAAGCAUCUUGCUGAUUCGUUUGUCGCAUAUUUUUUUGACACCCUUAAUGAUGUUAUACCUUUGUAUCGAAGGGAUAAUUUUGAGGCUCUGUACGAACAGCAGUAUACUUCUUGUCCCCCAAAGAGCACAUCUUGGUAUGCCUCGCUCAAUGUAGUACUCGCGCUUGGCUGCCUGUUAUCGCAUGAGGAGAAUAUGAGUGCGAGUGCUGAAAGCUCGAUGCUAGCUCCCACUAUUGCAGUAGACUACUUACGGAAUUGCUGGAAUGUUUUCGGUGAGUUAUCUCUCAGCUGCAGGGAUCUUAUGGCGGUCCAGGCGUUGUUAGGAAUGGCUCUUACCACAGAAAUUCUUCUUGACAAAGAAGCCACAUACAUUGCUUUAGGAGCUGCAGUACGGGUUGCGACUUCACUUGGCUUGCAGCAACAGUUGAAGGGCCCUCGCCUUUCACCGCCGGAGGCCUCUGAGCGAUAUAUUAUCUUCUGGUGCAUGUACUCUCUUGACAAAAGCCUGAGCCUUAGGCUAGGAAGGCCACCGGCCAUUGAUGAUAGAGAUAUAGAAAUCGAUGUUCCGGACGAGCGGCAGUUGGCCGUUACAAACCCCAGGACUUCUGUCUGGCUCUUGGCACACAUAAACCUUAGCAGGAUUGCUAGUGAGAUUUAUUCGGAACUAUAUAGCGCUCGCUCAAGGAGAUACCCAGCUUUGAAAAGAUUUCGAACUAUAUCUGAGCUUGAUACGAAACUUCAAGAGUGGCGUCGAUCUCUACCAGCAGACGUCCAACCAGGAAAGCCGCUUGUUUGCUCCAAGGAAAACGUACGUCAGGCAAUCACGUUACAUCUCGAAUACUUUAACUGUCUAGCAACCCUACAUCGUUGCUGGGCCUUCCAAGAUCAGCUGACGGAAUAUGAUGAAUUGCGCCAUGAUAUGGCUCGCCAAGGUUGUGGCGACAUCGGAGAUCGUGUCUAUACCGGGCAUAUGAUAUGUUUGGAUUCAGCUCGAAAUGUCGCGCGUCUUUUGAUUGCAAUUAACCAGUAUAGCUUUCCCAAGAGGACCAUGCUAGUUGGUCUCACGCUGUAUCAUUCACUCUCAGCGUUCAUUAUUCUUUUCGCCAAUGUUAUUCAGAAUCCUGGCGAUUCAUAUAUCACUGAAGACGUUCAGCUUCUGGGAGUCAUCCUCGAUUCCCUGUUCCCCAGUCUUCAAGCCAGUGGGACGUUUCUGCCCAAUUUUGUCUAUGAAAUAUUUAGCAAGAUGAGGUCAAUGGCAGUGGAAUAUGUGGAAAAGGUGCAUGUGGAAUUGAAAAACGUGUCGAAACGGCCACGUCGAGAUUCCGAUGAGGCGGUCAUGCAUCUCCCCCAUCGCCCUGCGGCAAAUAACUGUGUCCAGCCGCGCAACAAGGGACCUAUCUCCACAGCUGAUACAUACCCGACCACCGCAAGGCAUAAUGCGAGCUUGAAUCUUACGGAACCUACCAGUUUAACCGAAACGGAGUUACCGCACGAAUUAGCUUCUAGAGAUAACGCAUGGGAAUCCUUGUAUGACGAUCUCGAUGAUCUUCCAACGGAUGAGAUGCCAUCCGAGCAGUAUCCUUAUAAUGAGAACUAUAGCAUGGGGUCCUUUGCUGAGUCGUUACCGGGCUCUGUUCCUUUCAUACCGUGGUCGUUGGAUUUCGAUUUAGCUGAUCUUUGGCAGUAUGGGAAACAAGAUUUAUUUGAAGGACGCUCCAGGGAGUAG